AUGUCUAGCGAUAACGAAAAGGAAGAACACGCUCACGUCGCUCCUACUGGAGCUGAUGGUACUCCUCUUAAUCUUUAUGAACGUCGUCUUUUGAUUGCCAGUCAUGAGACUGGUUUCACUGCUCUUUUCACAAACAGACACGUUUUCUCUAUUGCAGUGUUUGCUUCUUUGGGUGGUUUGAUCUAUGGUUUCAACCAAGGAAUGUUUGGUCAAAUUUUGAAUAUGGCUUCUUUCAGUAGAACUGUGAACCCCAACUCUAUUAGUAAUCCUACCAGUAGAGGUCUUUUGACUUCGAUUCUUGAGUUGGGUGCUUGGGUUGGUUCUCUUGCUAACGGUUACCUUGCUGACAAGCUUGGUCGUAAGCUUAGUGUUGUUCUUGCUGUUGUCAUUUUCAUUAUCGGUGUUAUUGUUCAAGCUACUGCUCACAACGCCAACCAAAUCUUGGGUGGUAGAUUCGUCACUGGUUUGGGUGUUGGUAGUUUGUCUAUGAUUGUUCCUUUGUACAACGCCGAGUUGGCUCCUGCCGAGGUUAGAGGUGCUCUUGUCGCUUUGCAACAAUUGGCCAUUACUUUCGGUAUCAUGAUUGCCUACUUCAUUGGUUAUGGUACCAACUUCAUUGGUGGUGCUGGUAACCCCAACCAAAGCAACGCUGCUUGGCUCAUUCCUGUCUGCAUCCAAUUGAUUCCUGCUCUUAUUUUGGGUACUGGUUUCCUUACUAUUUUGCCCCAAUCUCCUCGUUACCUUGUCCAAAUUAACAAGGAGGAUGAGGCUCUUGAGGUUCUUUCCAAGCUUCGUCGUGUCCCCAAGACCAACGAAAUCGUUGUUUUGGAGUUCUUGGAGAUUAAGGCUCAACACAUGUUCGAAAUCGAGACUGAUCGUGAGAUGUUCCCCCACCUCAUGGAUGGCUCAUUCUCCUCUUCUUUCAAACUCAGACUCGCCAAGUACAAGUCUCUCUUUGUCGACAAGUCUCUUCGUCCCAGAACUUUCAUUGGUAUCUUCAUCAUGGUCUUCCAACAAUGGACUGGUAUGUAUAAACAACCCCUGCCCAUGCUGCUGUUAUCUGUUUGGUUUUAG